AUGGAAGUAGAAAGGAGUAAGCAGGAUAAGCAAAAGAAGGGGCAAGUUUGCAGCAGCCUCUGGCUCAAGAGCUGCCCAGCCGCUGAGACUCAGACCUUCAUAGUGGACAUGAGCAGUCAGCCCUACAGGAACCUCUCUGGUGUAGGAGUGGAAACACCAAGGCUUUCUCCACAAGGAGUUCAGAGAGGUCAUCAGCACUCCAGGCGCCGCCACCGUACCACCUUCAGCCCAGUGCAGUUGGAACAGCUGGAGUCAGCCUUUGGAAGGAACCAGUACCCUGACAUUUGGGCCCGAGAGGGCCUUGCCCGGGACACAGGCCUCACUGAGGCCAGAAUCCAGGUCUGGUUCCAGAACCGCAGAGCUAAGCAGAGGAAGCAAGAGCGGUCACUGCUCCAGCCACUAGCCCAUCUGUCUCCUGCCACCUGCUCUGGUUCCUUGCCCAAGUCUCCUGUUUGCCCUUACUCCUACUCAACACCAUCUCAACCAGGGACCUGCUUUCCUCACCCCUACAAUCAUGCUCUUUCUUCUCAGCCCUCUACGUGUGGUUCCUUUGUUCAACCCCACCAGUCUGAAGACUCGUACUCCAUCUUGCAUCCAAACCCUGCUGGUCAUCUGCCCUGUUCCCAACCCCCACCCAUGCUUCCUUUCAGCCUUGAGCCACCAAAGUCCUGGAACUAA